UGAAGUUCUCUGGAUAUCUGGAAGACCAGCAUAAGCCCUUCUGCACAAACUGCUACAGCAAGUCUCCUGGGCUGAUGAAACUCGGGAAAGACAUUACGCUUUUGGGCCUGGAAGUUGGCCUGCUGACAAUGAAGAAGGGAGAGUUGUCAAGGUUUGUCUUCACACCGGGUUACGCCUAUGGGCAGCGAGGCUGUCCUCCUCUCAUUCCCCCAAGUGCCACGGUCAUCUUUGAAGUGGAGGUGCUGGACUUCCUAGACUCGGCUGAAUCUGACACAUUCUUUGAGCUGACUGCUGAGCAGCAGGCUGAGUUUCCACUACAAAAGGUGUUGAAAGUGGCAGACACGGAGAGACAGUUUGGCAACUAUCUCUACCGCAAGAGGCACUUGGACGAUGCCAAAGACAGAUACAAAAAGGCAUUAUCCAUCCUUGGUCUCAGCCCUUCCAGUGAGGCAGAGCAGCGUCAGAUCAAUGCUUCCAAGCUGCUGCUACUCCUGAAUCUCUCGCUCACUUACCUGAAACUGGAUCGUCCUACCCAAGCUUUGGCAUAUGGGGAGAAGGCCUUGGAGAUUGACCAAAGAAAUGCCAAAGCGUUGUUCAGGUGUGGCCAGGCUUGCCUCUGCAUGACAGAAUAUGAAAAAGCCCGGGACUUCCUGGCCAGAGCUCAGCGCAUACAGCCCUUCAACCAUGAUAUUAACAAUGAGCUGAAAAAGCUGGCAAGCUGCUACAGGGACUACAUGAACAAGGAGAAAGAAAUGUGCUGCCGAAUGUUUGCUUCUCUCAACACUUCUGCCUGA